AUGCACAGACUAACCAUAAACUAUAUGCAAGAAUCCUUUGAAAUACAAGUGGCCGAAAAGGAAACAAUCGAUGAGUUAAAGAAGAAGAUAGCUGAAAAGACUCAAGUCCUUCCCGAAAGACAGCGAUUGACCCAUAAAGGCAGUAUCUUACACGAAGGCCAUAAAACCAUGCAGGAUAUUGGCGUUGAUAGUACAUCCGUUAUCUAUGUUAGCAAAGUAGAGGAUUCACAUGGUCCUAAAGAGAUUAAAGGCCAAGUGCAUCCACAACAACCGGUUCAUCCCGGUAUGGCUAUGAUGAAAGACCCCGGCAUGAAGAAGAUCUUCAGCAACCCCGAAGUAGUCAAAGGUAUCAUUGAUAUGUUCCCUGAGAUGAAGAAAGACAAUCCAGAACUACGUAAACUCAUGGAAAGUUCUCAAAUGCUGGAAGAGAUGGCUAAACUAGCUGAAGAUCCGGACUACAUGAACACGCAAAUGAAGAACAUAGAUAUCGCCAUGGCUAAACUAGAAACAAUUCCAGGCGGUUUCAAUAUGCUUCGUGGGAUGCUUAAAACGCAAAAGGAUCCCAGUGCAGGUUUAGCCGAAGGACUUGAUAUGACUAGUUUUAAGGAAGGUUCAGCAGUAGUUCCAGAGAUAGGCAAGCCAGCACCCAAUCCGUGGGGGUCUUACAACUUCAAUCCUAUCUUGGAGUACCGGCGGCAAGUGGAGUACAUGAAAGAGUGUGGAUUUACCGAUGUGGGGUCCAAUAUUCAGCUGCUGAUCAAGCACCAAGGCAAUGUUGAUGAAGCCAUUAGCGAGAUUCUUUCAGCAUCCAUGCACUCCCCCACGACCGACACUGAGUCUCGCAUCUAG